AUGAGCAGUAGUGAAGAUAAUCCCCAGAAGGAAACACCCACGGAGGAGCAGUCGACAACGGACGGCAAGGAUGCGUUCGGUUAUUCAAGUAAUCGAAUGGCCGUCGACGGUAUGCCUGUUACAUCACUCACAGAGUCGCAGGCCGCUCAGCAAGCCACCCAAAAUGGAGCAUAUGCCCAGUUCAUGAAACCAAAGUUUGCGCGCGCCCCAAUCAAGGAAGCUGGCCGGGUUGCUUACCUCGGCGAGUCCUCGAAUCUUUCACUCCUGGUGCAGGACCGCCAUGGAACGACAGACGUUGUACACUAUCCCCUCCCGCCCAAUGUUCGCGGCUCUCGUGCUAGAUUGGCGGAUCUGGAUAACCUGGAACUGGAUAUCCUUCAUCAGCGUGGCGCCUUUCUUCUGCCGCCAAAGCCUCUUUGUGAUGAACUAGUCGAUGCCUACUUCAAAUGGGUCGCCCCCGUAGUACCCAUUGUUAAUCGCAGCCGUUUCAUGCGACACUAUCGCGACCCCAAGAACCCACCUUCCUUACUGCUCCUUCAGGCUAUUCUUCUCGCUGGCUCCAGGGUGUGUACAAACCCUCAGCUGAUGGAUGCCAAUGGUUCAACAACCCCAGCAGCCAUGACCUUUUACAAGCGGGCAAAAGCACUCUACGACGCUAAUUAUGAAGAUGACCGUGUCACGAUUGUUCAGGCCUUGGUACUCCUGGGCUGGUACUGGGAGGGCCCGGAGGACGUUACUAAAAACGUCUUUUACUGGACAAGAGUGGCUAUGGUUGUAGCACAAGGGUCGGGUAUGCAUCGAAGCGUUGAAUCGUCCCAACUGAGCAAGCCGGAUAAAAGACUUUGGAAGCGAAUUUGGUGGACUCUCUUUACAAGGGACCGAUCCGUAGCAGUGGCCUUGGGGCGCCCUAUCGGUAUCAAUACAGAUGACUCGGACGUUGGAAUGUUAACCGAGGACGAUUUUAUCGAAGACGAGGUUGAUAUAGCAGCUGAGCAUCCGCCGGACCCCGUGCAUGUACAGUUCUUCCUGCAAUAUGUGAAGCUCUGCGAGAUCAUGGGUUUGGUACUUGCGCAGCAGUACUCUGUGGCUUCGAAGUCGAGACGCAUGAAUGCUAUGGAUCUGACACAUUCGGAUAUGGCGUUGGCAGAUUGGCUCCAGAAUUGCCCCAAAGAGGUGUGCUGGCAACGGCAGAAUCAUCACUUCUGGGCCGCCCUGCUUCAUGCGAACUACUACACUACCCUUUGUCUUUUGCAUCGGGCGCACAUGCCUCCAGCUUCUUCUGCCCCAAAUAGCUACCGCGUAGAAGAGAUGGCCUACCCCUCGCGCACAAUCGCAUUCCAGGCCGCUGGAAUGAUCACUUCUAUCGUGGAAAAUUUGCAGACACAUCAGGAGAUUCGAUAUACGCCAGCCUUCAUCGUCUACAGUUUGUUCUCGGCCCUGAUCAUGCACGUGUAUCAGAUGCGGUCAUCUGUGCCAACAGUUGUGGCAACAUGCCAGGAGAGGAUCAAUAUAUGCAUGCAGGCUCUGAAAGAUGUCUCCAAAGUCUGGCUUGUGGCCAAGAUGGUCCGUACUCUGUUUGAAUCCAUUCUGGGAAAUAAAGUUCUUGAGGAGCGUCUCCAGAAAGCUGCAGGGAAAAGGCAUCAAAGGAUAAGACAUGACCCGGCUCAACAUCAGCCCACAAGGAAACCUGACCCGCCAAAGCGUAAAUUUGACGAUAUGGACCUCGGUUUGCCAAACGGCGGUCCCACACCACCAGUCUCAUAUGAGCGCUCGCGGCCUCAGACGCCUGCAGUGACUCCCUCAAGGGAAAUGGGACAGCCUGGAUUGAACGUUCCCCAAGGCUCUCCUACUGGUCCUCCAGCGGGCAACUCUCGAGGUAAUACGCGGCCGACAACUCCAUUCAACGCUCAAUUUUCCCUUCCUGCAACGCCGCCCGACCUGUUCCUGGUUACGCGUACUUCACCCAACCUUUCGCCUUCGCUUUGGGAAAACUUCCAGCCCGACCAGCUGUUCCCUGAUGGCACUGCUAUCUUCCCUGAGUUGACUUCCCCGCAGCACAAUGCUGUCGAUCCACAAUUGCAGAUGCCGUCUCAGCUACAGACGCAAGGCAUGGAUCAGCGACAUAUGAUGCCUCAUCAGAUGUCCUCCCGAGGUCUUCCCGGAACACAGGGAAGCCCGGAGCUCAUUUCGAACAUGCCUCCCGGGAUGGGUAUGCAAGGUCAGCAGCCGCCACAGGUGUUCGGAAUGGAGAAUCAGCAGCCUUGGCCAAUGGCCGGGUUAGAAGCAGCCCUACAUACCGGGGUGGAGGCUGCUAGCCAGGAUGACACCUGGAGUAAUAGCUCCCGGAGUGGGCCAACAGCACCGACGACUUUGAACGUGGAAGAUUGGUUCCAAUUUUUCGGCAUUAAUGGUAGUUUCGGCGACCUGUCAACUUGA